AUGGCGUGGAAAAAUUUUCGAUGGGGUAGAAUUCGACACGGUAAUCUUGGCCACCCGGAAAGUAGUGAAAUAACACCCGAAGAGAAAUAUUUUGUACAAAAAUUGGAUCAUUUUGACCCAACGAACACUAAAACAUGGAAUCAGCGUUAUUUUGUCAACGAUUCAUUUUAUCAACCGAAUGGUCCUUUUUUUCUUAUGAUUGGUGGGGAAGGUGAAGCUUCACCAAAGUGGAUGGUGAAUGGAACGUGGUUGGAUUAUGCUAAAAAAUAUAAUGCUUAUUGUGUUAUGGUAGAACAUAGAUUUUAUGGGAAAAGUCAUCCAACAGAGGAUCUUGGAGUUAAAAAUUUAAAAUAUUUAAGUAGCGAACAAGCACUGGGAGAUCUUGCAUACUUUAUAAGUUCUCUCAAUAAUAAACUUAAUAUUUUUCCACCUCCAAAAUGGAUUGUCAUGGGGGGAUCUUAUCCAGGUUCUUUAGCCGCUUGGAUGAGAUUAAAAUAUCCUCAUUUAGUUCUCGGAGCCGUUUCUACCAGUGGUCCUCUUCUUGCUUUAAUCAAUUUUGAAGAAUAUUUUGAUGUGGUUAAAGAUUCUUUAAGUAGUUAUAAUCCAGAAUGUGUCACAGCCAUAGAGGCUGGAACAAAACAGAUAAUGUCAUUAUUGAUACAUCCUUUAGGACAACGAUCACUAUUUAAAAUGUUUAAACUAUGUGAUCCGCUGGAAUUAAACAAUGAAGAUGAUAAUUCAAAUUUAUUCGAAAGUUUAGCUGGAAAUUUUGCCGGAGUUGUUCAAUAUAACAAAGACAAUCGUCACGAUCAAAAUUCAGGUGGAUCAGAUUUAACAAUCGAUUAUUUAUGCGACAUAAUGUUAAAUCAAUCAUUGGGAAAAGAAAUCAAUAGACUUGCAGUCGUCAACGAAGUUGUUUUGAAUAAAACAACCAAAGAAAAAUGUCUGGAUUAUAAAUAUGAUAAAAUGAUUAAACAAAUGCAAUUGACAGACUGGAAAAGUGAAGUCGCAGAGGGUGGAAGACAAUGGACUUAUCAAACGUGUACAGAAUUUGGAUUUUUUCAAACUUCUUCUUUAAACACGACAAAACAAAUGUUUGGAAAUAAAUUUCCACCUGAAUUUUUUUUGAAACAGUGCACCGACAUAUUCGGUAUAAAAUACAAUGCGAAUUUAACGGAAGAAGGAAUUAUUAGAACGAAUAUGAUUUACGGAGGAUUAAAUUUAGUGGCUGAUAAUAUUGUUUUCGUUCACGGGUCCAUAGAUCCUUGGCAUGCUUUGGGUAUCACAAAAACAUUAAGACCCGGAGCUCCGGCUAUUUACAUUCAAGGCACGGCUCAUUGUGCCAACAUGUAUCCAAGUUCGGAAAAAGAUCCUCCUCAGUUAGUUGAUGCAAGAAAACAAAUAGAACAAUUAAUUGGCGAAUGGCUGAAAGAAUAA